AUGUCUAAUAUAGAAUUGAGCUCUGCCGGCGAUGAUAUCGAGCAGAAUAUCUCUCGGGGAUCGAAGAAACCUGUAGUCAAAUGUGAUGUUGAAGGAGGGUUAAUGGAAACGGGUGAAAACAAGGGAGCAUUGAGAAAUGUGAAACUUUGCGGGAUAGACCUUAGGCAGGUCGCAGGGUGGAAAGUCAACAAAUUUACGGAAGAAUAUUUGGACAAGAUGGGGACAGAGGUGUUGUUGAAUAUACUGAAUGUUUAG